AUGACCGCGGACUCAGACACAACGACCAAGAACUCCUGCGUCAUUGUGUUCGAUAAAUGUGAAACCAUAGAGCGCCAGCGUGACCACAUCUAUGAAACCUCAUUUCACCAACGCCUCAAAGGUCCCCUCGUCGUGCAAACUGUCCCCUACACUGGAUAUCUGCGCGCGCUACAGCUGUAUGGCAACGAGGAUGCUUUCGAUCUCACCCAAGAUGAACGUGAGAACCUCAUGAACUGCAAGAAUCUAGAAUUCUGCCGAUCUCUAGCUCGGAACCAAGGCUACAAUCAGGAGUCUGGUAAUACUGCGCCAUGGGCGGGCGUAUACUUUCCGCUCCAAUGCAUUCAGACAUACCCUGGCCCUCGCAUGAUCCUCAUCGAAGCAGACGCUGAGGAGCAGGCUCUGUCCAGCCAGCAAACACUGUCCAGCACCGACACGGACGACCAGUCAAUCUUCGUUACUACUGAGACCGCCCAAGAGCUUGACGUGGCUGAGGAAACAUCCCUCGUUCGGUUCUCGACUCUCCAACUGUGUGACUCCGUCAAGCCAGUGACUCUCCGAGGCAUGAGUGGUAGUCGUGUGCCCAUUGCAGAUGAUUUCGGCAACACUUGUGUUGGCGGCAUGGAAAUGGCUGUCGUCGUUACAGAAUUACUGGAGCGGGCUGUGAAAGGCAACCUCGAUGUUGAGCGGAAGAGAACCAUCGAGGAUACGCUCGACUACAUUGGAGGUUCGGAGAACAUGGCGAGUUUCCUCGGCAUGAUGUACAAGAAAUUUCCCAAGAAGAAGGACACUUCAGUAGCGUCGACCAUUGGCCGUCGACUCCGUGGCUUGGAGUGA